AUGAGUGAUUCUCUCCAGCCUACUAUAAACCAUGUCAGUUAUGGAGGUCAAUUUGAAGUUGAGCCUGAAUAUGAAGCAGAUUCAUGGAUCCAAUUGGAGGAGACUGGGUCAAUGGAAACAGAUAACUUAAAUAAGAAAAGGGAUAUACCAUCCGAUUUCCGAAUAUGGGAACCAGUUGGGCAAUCUAAUAAUCAUUAUGAUGGAAGCAGUUUUAAAUUUAAAAUAGUGUCGUACAAUGUAUUGGCGCAAUAUCUUUUGGAGUGCCAUCCGUACUUGUACACACACUGUUCACCCCGGGAUCUCAAAUGGAAGGUGCGCGCUGCGCGCCUCUAUAACGAGAUCUUAAGCCUAGAGCCCGAUAUUCUUUGCCUUCAAGAGGUUCAAGCGUCGCACAUACAAAGCUUCUACUCGAAGUUCGAAGAGAUCGGCUACUGUGGUGUGUUUAAGCAGAAAACGGGUCACCGUCAAGACGGCUGCGCGAUAUACUACAAACGCUCGAUGUUCCACUUGGAGGACCAUAUCAGUGUCGAGUUCUACCAGCCGGAGCUGCCGCUACUGAAUCGCGACAACGUGGGCCUGGCGGUGCGCCUGCGGCCGCGCCACCCCUCCGCCCCCGGCCUCCCCCCCGCCCCGCCCCUCGUCGUGGCCACCACCCACCUGCUCUACAACCCCAAGCGCACCGACGUCCGCCUCGCCCAGAUGCAGCUGCUGCUCGCCGAGAUCGACCGCUUCGCCUACUACCGCGACGGCGCCCGGUCGGGACACCAUCCGAUAAUACUGACCGGGGACCUUAACUCGCCGCCAGAUAGCGCUGUAAUCAAACUGCUGAGCAGAGGCCAUGUUAGCGCGAGCCACUUCCGUGACAACUCCGAUUGGAGGCGUAUCGGCGUGACGGACAAUUGCCAGCACCUGGCCGUCUACCUCAGCCGGCUGAAGGGCGCGGCCACGGACGACAGCAUGAUUAAGAUCUACAAUUCGGAGAGUGGCGGGGAGGGCGAGGUGGUGGGGCGGGAGGGGCGAGAGGGGCGGGGGGCGGCCGACGGCGAGGGGGUGAGCGAGGAGCACGGCGGACUGUUCAACAGCGGGGAGCUGGGCCACGGGCUGCGCCUCGCCUCAGUCUAUGGGCAGCGCAAGUCGGACGGCAGCUUCGAGGCGACCACCUUCCAGGACUACUGGCUCACCGUCGACUACAUCUACUUCAGCCGCUGCAGCGCCCUGCGGCUCCUGGAGCGGCUGCGGCUGCCCACGGAGGCGGAGUGCUCGCGGCUGGGCCAGCUGCCCAACCACCAGUACGGCUCCGACCACCUGGCGCUCGCCGCGCUCUUCGAGAUCAGACGGCCCGGCGCCGGCCCCAGCUCCAACUUA